CGCUUCCUUUCUUCCUUCCAUCCAUCCUUAAAUCAUGCGCUCGCUUUCUUCCUUCAAUCAAUCAAUCAAUCCAUCCUUCGAUCCCUCCCUUCCUUAAUUCCUUUCAUCCGUCCUUCACUCGCUUUCUUCCUUCCUUCCAUCCUUCCCUCCCUUCCUUUCUUCCUUCCAUACAUCGAUCUUUCCCUCCCUUCCUUCCAUCCUUCCCUUCCUUCCAUCCAUCCUUCCCUUCCACCCAUCCUUCCCUCCCUUCCUUUCUUCCUUCCAUACAUCUUUCCCUCCCUUCCUUCCAUCCUUCCAUCCAUCCUUCCCUCCCUUCUUUUCUUUCUUCCUUCCAUCCCUCCCUCCCUUCCAUCCAUCCUUCCCUUCCACCCAUCCUUCCCUCCCUUCUUUUUUUUCUUCCUUCCAUCCAUCCUUCCCUUCCACCCAUUGAUCCUUCCUUCCUUUUUUCUUUCUUCCUUCCAUCCUUCCCUCCCUUCCAUCCGUCCUUCCCUUCCACCCAUCCUUCCCUCCCUUCUUUUCUUUCUUCCUUCCAUCCAUCCUUCCUUCAUUCACUUAAUUUCCUAUUUUUCCUCUUUUUAUUUUAUUCUUGGGAGAAAGAUGGAGGUACCGUUAAAAAGACAGAACUUCCCACAAUAACAGCUGGGAGUCUGCAGGUGGACUUUAAAUGCCCAAACACAGUACAGGACCCACACUGUCCAUGGUCCCCCACCCAGCCUGACACACCAGAACAUUUCCUGCUUCACUGCCCAAGAUUCCACUCCCUCCGCACCAACCUCAAGGCACCCCUAAUCAGACUCCACAUCCACAGCUCAUCUCUAGAGGACCCUCAACCCCAACACUGCCUUCCAAGCCCUCAAGUGUACACAUACCUUCCUGCAGAAGUCCGGACAGCUUGACAGGAUCUAUCCUCUAUCCGGGAACCCACCUUCACCACAACCACAGCUGCAAGCAACCUGUAUUGACGAAGAAUCAUUAUUUAUUUACAUAUAUAUUUAGUCUCCUUGGAUGUCAGCCUUCACAGUGCAGCCAUGGAGCCAUAAGAACACUCUAAGAAGCCAGGCAAUAUCGUGGCAGCACCGCCACCUGGAGAACGGAUGGCAAUGGAGGAAGAUAUAAACAUCACUCGCAGACUCCGCGUCCGGACACCCAAGCUCACCGGGUCACUGCAGGAGAAGGAUAUGAGCCCACUGGGACAGAGACUCAGCAAAAGGAAGGCAGAGGUGUCCCUGGAAAGCCUUUAUCUUCAAAAGAACUACAAGGACCCAUCCUCCACCCCACUGGAAACCAUCUUUGAAUCCCCGCGGCUUAGCAAAGGGGUGCAGCAGGGGCGGGCCAGUCCAGACUCAGCCUUACUGAUGGCCAACAGGAAGUUGAAGCGCCUCUGCAUAUUUUCUAGCCACCACCAGCUGCCACGGAACAAAAUGAAGCAGCGGAAGGAACGUGCGUUGAAGAUGAAGAGGCUGACAGGGGUGCAGGUGCCACUAGGGAAGGCAUUCUCCGAGGAUGAUGUGCUUGCUGUCCUUUCCUGUCUUGCCGAGGAGGAUGCUGCCACCCCAAGCCUGUAUCAAGAGCAAGAGAGAGAGGUGGUGGAUCCUCCCAACGCAAGCACUCCCGACUUAGUGGAAGGGAUGAUCAGUGUCCUCAGCUCCCUGCAAAUGGACUCUGAGCCAUCUCUUUCACCCCCUAACCAAGCACAGGAGGAGGCAACCCCUACCCAGUCUCAACCCACUAAGGAAAAGAAGCUGAGACGUAGGUGUGAGCUGAUCCCCCAAGUCAAAGCUGUCAGCUCCAGUAUCCCUUCAGCCUCCACCAGUACCCACCAAAGUCCCUUAAGGAGUCAGCCUCCCAAGACAACCGCCUGGGUGAAAAGACUUAAACGGAAGUCUAGCUUGGCAUCCCAACUGAAGAACAGCAGUGUCCAGUCCAGUGAUCCUGAGACUGCAACAAGUAUUUACUCACCCCAGUCUUGUUUUAAGGAGGCAGCAAGGCCCAAGGGGAUGGGGCAGAAUAUAUUAUCUGAUAUGGAGGAACACACCACAUCUACCAAGAAUCAUCGCCUCAAAUCGGGAAACAAGAGGAUCCCAGACAACAUCUUGCCCAUUUCCACUAAAAAGCAGUGCAAUUAUAAGACCCUCCAGGAGACCAACACGGAUCCCUCACCCACUCUGCAGCAUGGCAAAGGGCUGGAAAAGGACAAGAAACGGAGAGUCUUCAGGGCGAAGCACCACAACUUCCUUGCUGAAGAACCCUCCACCAGUAAUACUCUCAUUAACAUCCCUGACCCCAGCAGCAGUGAGCAGGACACAGCAUCAUCAUUACUGCAAGCACCAUUCUCACCACUAUCACCACCACUGCCCAUACCCCACAAAAGAGGGCUGUCUCCCACACUCCUUAGUUCUCUAAUGGCCUCUGGUGAUACUGCUGAUGGUGGGGAUGCAGAAGGAGGAGAAAAAGCAGUAGGGAAGGAAGGAGGGACAUCCCCAUCAUCCCCUUCUUCUAGACUGGCUGCUCUGUCCCUCCAGUCCUCCCCCACGCACCUUUCCCCCCUCGUCAAGCCCAGGAAGAUCCGGCGGAGGUCAGCAAGACUCAGCAUAGGGUCAGAUGUCAUGGAGGGGCUACGAAGGAUCCCGAAAAACAAUUACAGUAGCAGUGAUGUUUCUCUAGGCACUGUCUGGGCUUCCUUCUCCCCCCUAGAACGAAAGCAAAAGGCCGAGGUCAACAAGGGUGGUGGAGACAGUGGUGGUGAUGACUCUGCCUCACCCCCAUCCUCCACUGUCACUACCAAGAAGAGGGGGCAGUCGAAGGGCAGAAGACAGUCAAAUCUGUACUGUCGACAAGAGCUAAUGGACACUGUCGCAGAAAGUAGUAUCACAAAAAGCACUUCAGAUGUAGACGACUUUUCGUUCCGACCAAUCUCACCUCCACCCAUAUCCCUGGACUCCCUCACACAAGUACCCACCAACCCAAGAGUAGUACAAGGCUCCGUCACUCUGCUACAUCACCAACCCAUCCCUUGCACCCCUGUCAUGGAACACCCCACCCACUUAAAGCCUCCACUUCCCUCCCCUCAACCCCUAAGGCCCAGUGUAAAACGAGAAGACAUCCCCAAGGUGCUAAUAGGUGAUGUAAUGCCUCCAGGAAACCCCCAAGUAAUGACUGAUGUGGCAGGAGAAUCGGCUAAUCUUCGUGUGUUUGGGAAGGCGGUGGGAGAGGAAGUUAACCCCAUUGGUCUGCACUCUGGUCUCGCUGGCUUCCUUUCUACCCCAGCACAGUCGAGUGAUGGGAAUACGACCACAUACAACAAAUUUACAGGAUAUCGUGCCUUCUCCUCCCUUUCCCCUUCCUCUCCUCCUCCCCAUGCCCUGACUCUAUCUCAAGCUGACCUCCUCCAAAGGUCAUCAUUACCAGGGGAAGAUGCCACAACUUCUGAGGAUGACCGUGACUCGCCGGUUCUUUCAGGCAUCCUCGCCAACAAGACGUUAAUCCACAUGGGAAAAGUGUAUUAUGGCCCUGCUGCCUUGUCUCCUAUGUCAUCGUCUGCCCCAGUGUGAGCGAACUUUAGUGAUGUGAUCAUUUUGUUUUCUCUGUGUUUGCCAUUUAGAUUGCAAUGACUUCGUUAAAGACUAUUAAAAGUGGAUCUGAUUUAUUUCUGAUCUUAUUCUUUA